AUGGAUUCCAAACGACCUAGAAAGUUGAACUUUAACGCAUCUCUUUUGUCAACAAAGCGUUUUGGUUUUUCAGGUGUUGCAGGUGCAUCAUCAUGCUCCUCAAGCUCACCUGACAGCAUAGUAGCAAAUACAAGUGUUCCAUUUUCAUGGGAACAUGCCCCAGGGAAACCAAAAAUCAUUGAGAGGAGCGAUAGCAUCUAUGGAGACAUAGACACCCCGCGGCUAAGACCACCUCCUUGCCUUUGGCAUCCACCUGAAGAAGCAGCCAAAGCUGAAGUAUAUACCGAUGUUCUUGCAUUUGAUGAAGAUGAUGGUUGCGAUGGCGACAAUGAAGAAGAUGAUGACAAGAAGAAUAAUUCUUUCUCUGAUGCAAUGGAUGUUUUGUCUCUCUCUGAAGCACUAUACAUUAUGCAACAAUCAGACGCAGCUCUCAGUGAAAGCAAUAAUGGGUUGAGAUUAAAGCUUUCAGAGUCUGAUGGCUGUGAAUCUCCAACCUAUAUGAUCAACCGUUUUCUGCCUGAUGCCAAUGCAUUGGCUGCAUCAUCUGAAGCACAUAUUUCCUAUGAUUCCAAAGUUAGUGAUACUUGUUGUAGUCAUGAAGGUUAUCUCAAAGGUUCUACUAAGCACUCGUAUGCUUCUUCUCCAAAAGGGUGUGGCCUGGAAUUUAUCUUCUCUUGGCUUAUGAAGAAUAAUAAGCUUUGUGCUAUAAAGAGCCCUGUCCUCCCAUCAUCUACAAAUGUGCAGAAGCGUCGACACAGUUCAAAACACAAGAAACAUCGUUUAUCAAUUCACAGUACCUGCGCAAAUGUGAAAGAACAUACCUGA